AGACCACAGAAUCCGAAAGAGUUGUAUAAUCUGCACCUUGCAGAGGCGCGGACCGUUGUUGAGCAUAUAUUCGGGGUCAGCAAGCGCAAGUUCCACCUCUCCGUGUGCAAGCCCGAGUUCAGCCUCGAAACUCAGGCAAAGAUUCCUCCUGCACUUGCCGCUCUCUGUCAGGAAUAG